GGGCUCCCGCUCCGUUUGCUGCAUUCCCGGAGCAGCUGGCGGCUGCGGGCACAGGCGGCCGGCGCGCGGGCGAGCCUGCCCCUUCCCCUGCCGGGCUGAGCGGGCAGUGCGGGGCCCCCGGCGGCAGCGGCCAGAGAUGUGCCCCCUUGGGCCGCUCCCGCGCUGAGAGUUGGAGGCACCCCCGGCCCGCCCGUUGCCCGCCAUGUCUCAGAUGCUGCACAUUGAGAUCCCCAACUUCGGGAACACCGUGCUGGGCUGCCUGAACGAGCAGCGCCUGCUGGGCCUCUACUGCGAUGUGUCCAUCGUGGUCAAGGGCCAGGCCUUCAAGGCCCACCGGGCCGUGCUGGCCGCCAGCAGCCUCUACUUCCGCGACCUGUUCAGCGGCAACAGCAAGAGCGCCUUCGAGCUGCCGGGCUCGGUGCCGCCCGCCUGCUUCCAGCAGAUCCUGUCCUUCUGCUACACGGGCCGGCUGACCAUGGCGGCCAGCGAGCAGCUCGUGGUCAUGUACACGGCCGGCUUCCUGCAGAUCCAGCACAUCGUGGAGCGCGGCACCGACCUGCUGUUCAAGGUGAGCUCGCCCCACUGCGACUCGCAGACCGCCGCCAUGGAGGACGCCAGCUCCGAGCCCCAGAGCCCCUGCCACCAGCUGCCGCCGGCCGCCCCCGGGCCCCCCUACGUCGUGUCCCCCUCCGUGCCCAUCCCGCUGCUGACCCGCGUGAAGCACGAAGCCACGGAGCUGCCUCCGGCCGCCGGCCCGGGCCUGGCGGCCAAGCGCCCGCUGGAGUCCGGGCCCCGGGAUGGCGCCGCAGGCACGGCAGGCGCCGCGGCAGUGGCGGCCGGCCCGGUCCCGCUCAAGCUGCCCCGCGUCUCCUACUACGGGGUGCCCAGCCUGGCCUCCCUCAUCCCCGGCAUCCAGCAGGUGCCUUACCCCCAGGGGGAGCGGACCAGCCCGGGCGCCAGCAGCCUGCCCACCACCGACAGCCCCACCUCCUACCACAACGAGGAAGAUGAGGAGGAUGACGAGGCCUACGACACGAUGGUGGAGGAGCAGUACGGCCAGAUGUACAUCAAGGCCACCGGCAGCUACGCAGUGCCAGAGAAGCCCGAGCCAGUGCCGCUGGAGAGCCGCUCCUGUGUCCUCAUCCGCCGUGACCUGGUGGCCCUGCCCGCCAGCCUCAUCAGCCAGAUCGGGUACCGCUGCCACCCCAAGCUCUACUCAGAGGGCGACCCUGGCGAGAAGCUGGAGCUGGUGGCAGGCUCGGGCGUCUGCAUCACGCGGGGCCAGCUCAUGAACUGCCACCUGUGCGCGGGCGUGAAGCACAAGGUGCUGCUGCGCAGGCUGCUCGCCACCUUCUUUGACAGGAACACGCUGGCCAACAGCUGUGGCACCGGCAUCCGCUCCUCCACCAGCGACCCCAGCCGCAAGCCGCUGGACAGCCGGGUCCUCAACGCUGUGAAACUGUACUGCCAGAACUUCGCGCCCAGCUUCAAGGAGAGCGAGAUGAACGUGAUCGCGGCGGACAUGUGCACCAACGCCCGCCGCGUUCGGAAGCGCUGGCUGCCCAAGAUCAAGUCCAUGCUGCCCGAGGGCGUGGAGAUGUACCGCACGGUCAUGGGCUCCUCCGCCGGCGUGGCCCUGGACCCCGAGUUCCCGGCCGCGGCUGCGCAGGUGUUCGAGCAGCGGCUGUACGCGGAGCGGCGGGGCGACGCGGCCGCCAUCGUGGCCCUGAGAACUGACGCCGUGAACGUCGACCUGGGCGCCCCGGCCAACCCCCCCUUCGAGGCCGGAGAGGAGGCGGAGGGGGCCGGCUCCGUCAUCCAGGAGGUGGCCGCGCCCGAGCCGCUGCCCCCCGACGGCCAGAGCCCCCCGCAGCCCUUCGAGCAGGGUGGCCCCGGCUCCCGGCCCCCGACGCCCGCGGCCCGGAGGCCGGACGGCGCCUACCCGGGGACUCUGUAGGGGCCGGGCGCCGGGGACAGGACGUCCUAGCUGCUUGCAUGCGUUACUAAUACGAACAAUGUGAUCGAGCCACUCACCUACUGAACGGCUGUUGCCUGAAAACAAUGUGAUUUCUGUUCUGCUUGUAUUUAAGGUUCAUGAAGGGGACAGAUGCACUCGGGACACUGUAAGCAAGUAGGCCCCUGGCUGCCGCCCCGACGGCCGGCCCCUUGAUACGCGCGGUCGGUCUCCACGUGUAGCUUCACCCCCUUCUCAGACGGGACCUGCCCGAACCCCACCCCUUCCUGCCCCUCUGCCAGGACGAAGCCAGGGACCCGCCCGCCCUCUUGCGGCUGGGCCCCCCAGGGCCAGACGCCUUGUGUUUCCUUCCUCCUGCGACGGGGUCAGGCCGGCCUGGCCCGAGUGCGUGUGGGAGGGUGACAAGCCGUGAUGGGCCUUGCUGUCCCGGGAGAGGAGAAAGGGCUCCUGGCUGGACCUGGGCUCGCCCCAAUG